AGCCAGGCUCUGUAUUAACCUCUUAGAUAGCCCAGAGAACAGUUCAACUGUCUGUAUUUUGUACACACAUGAAUCUAACAGCAGAAAACCACAGGAUCCCUUUGAAUGAUGGUAACAGUAUUCCACUCCUGGGAUUGGGCACCUUUGGGGACCCUCAAACGACACCCAAAGGCACUGCACUUGAGUGUGUCAAGCUGGCCAUAGACGUGGGAUACAGGCACUUUGAUGGGGCGUUGGUUUAUUUCAAUGAGCACGAAGUGGGUGAAGCCAUUAGGGAGAAGAUAGCUGAUGGAACCAUUAGAAGAGAGGACAUCUUUUACUGCGGAAAGCUCUGGAAUACCUUCCAUCCACCAGAGUUGGUGAGGCCAACCUUAGAGAGGACACUGAGAGCCUUAAAACUGGACUAUGUGGAUCUCUACAUCAUUGAGCUUCCGAUGGCCUUCAAGCCUGGAAAGGAUUUUUAUCCAAAAGACCGGGAUGGAAAAUACAUCUACCACCAGACAGAUCUCUGUGCAACAUGGGAGGCUUUAGAGGCUUGCAAAGAUGCUGGACUGGUUAAAUCCCUGGGAGUCUCUAACUUCAAUCGCAGGCAGCUGGAGCUGAUUCUGAAUAAACCUGGCCUCAAGCACAAACCUGUAUCCAACCAGGUCGAAUGCCAUCCAUAUUUCACACAGCCAAAACUUCUGGAGUACUGUCGUCAGAAUGGCAUUGUGAUUGUUGGCUAUUGUCCAAUUGGCUCCUCUAGAGAUGCAUCCUGGGUGAAUGUGAAAUGUCCUCCUCUGCUGGACAAUGAGCUACUUAUAUCCAUUGGGAAAAAGUACAACAAGAGUAGUGCCCAGGUGGCUUUGCGAUUCAAUGUUCAGAGAGGAGUUGUAGUGAUUCCAAAGAGCUUCAACCCUGAGAGGAUCAAACAUAACUUCCAGAUAUUUGAUUUUUCACUCACUGAGGAAGAAAUGAAAGCCAUUGAAGCACUGAAUAAAAAUAUUCGUCUUGUUGAGCUGCUGAUGUGGAGUGAUCAUCCAGAGUACCCCUUUCAUGAUGAAUAUUGAACUUUUUAACUUUUUUGUGAUGAACAUGAUUUUUAAGAAAGAUCGAAUAAAUGACAGAUCAUGGACUUUGACACCUUUGUGGAGACCAGUUUGGUGCAUUUUCACUCUAAACACUAGAGGUCUCUAGCUCACAGUGAAGAUGUCUAACAGGCCCAUAACUCAUUGUUGGUUAUACCAUCAUAAACUUACACAAGAAUCAGACUGAAAAUCAAUGGCAAGAGGUGUUAUGGAGUAAUCUAUCCAAAUUAGAUUUUUUUUCUCUUUUUGGUGGUUCAAAUCAUUGUAAUUAUGUACAGAGGAGGUCAGGAGAGAGUCACGACAGUUAGCAUUUGCAGCCUCUGUAAAACAGUGGAGGAUCUGUCAUGGUUUGGAGCUGCAUUUCAGUCAGUGGUGUUGGAAACAUUAUCAAAAUUUAUGGAAUUAUGAACACAGAAUAUUUUGAUUAUUCAUAUUUUGUUUCACUGUGCAAUACCAUCUGGACAGCGUCUGAUUGCCAGUGAUCCCAAACACACUGCCAGUGCAGUAAAAGCCUGGAUAGUGUUCCACUGUGUGUUCUUAUAUCAGUCAUGGACCGGCUUCCUCAAAGCCUUCAAGAAACCCCUCAGUACCAAAGCAGCAUCGGAUCAUCUUCAGAGAACAGAACAAGCCAACAUCCAAAGAAGAGCUUUGAAUGUCCUUCAAGAAGCCUGGAGAACUAUUCCUGAAGGCUACUUAAAGAAAUCCCAUGAAAGCUUCCUUAAGAGAGUUCAGACUGUGUUGAAUAAAGGUGGUCAUACCAGAUAUUGACUUACAAGAUCAUUAGAAUUGUACAAAUUCUGUAUAUACUGUAGUUCCAUGCUCUGCUGCAGCCCCUUCAUCCUUACCUUCACCUUUAUUCACCAUGAAAAUCAUGGAUGAGGCAAUAACUGUCUGUCAAACAUUGAUAGGAAUUGCCAAAUAAUGUCCAAGUUUUGUCUGUCUUGUUGCUUCAGAGAGAGUAAAUGGGUUCACUUGGAUCAAAUUAAAUUACACAUAUGAAUAUUUUCUUAUUACUGGCCUAAUGCCUCUUUGGAAACAAUGUUUCAGCUAAUAUCUAUAUAAUAUCAGUUUGAUUCCUCAAACAUGCUGACCUGAUGCAGUUUUUUCUCUUUUUUUUUUUUUACCUAGAGCUAAUAAACACAUUUUAGGGUGGCCCAACCCUUCACAAUAUAUAAAUUGCAGUAGAUUAAAUUUUAACCUCUUGUAUUUUGAAACAUUAAACAAGAUGUGUUUAUAAAUAUACACUGUAAACCCAGAUAAGUUGAAUCUACUUAAAAAAACCAAGGUAACUUGUUGCCUUAAAUUUUUUAAGUAAUGAAACAGUUUAUUUAACUCAGCCUAUUAAGUAAGCAC